AUGGCUGAAGAAGCAAACAAGAGAGACUCCAUCAGGAUGAAUGUGAAAGGAUGCCAGACAAACAAUGGCUUCGUCCAAAAUGAGGACAUUCCAGAACAGGACCUGGAUCCAGGCAGCACGGUGAACAUCCUUGGCUCUGAGGAACUGGACACCAAGAAGAUCCAGCCCUAUGCAGGGAUGCCCAAGGAGGUGCUAUUUCAGUUCUCAGGCCAGGCCCGCUACCGGGUGCCCCGGGAGAUCCUCUUCUGGCUCGUCGUGGCUUCUGUAUUUGUGCUUGUUGGGGCCACCAUCGCCAUCAUUGCCAUCUCCCCGAAGUGUCUCGAUUGGUGGCAGGCGGGGCCCAUAUAUCAGAUCUACCCGAGAUCGUUCAAGGACAGUGACCAAGACGGGAACGGAGACCUGAAAGGUAUUCAAAAUAAACUGGACUAUAUCACAGCUUUAAACAUAAAAACCAUUUGGAUUACUUCGUUUUAUAAAUCAGCCCUUAAAGAUUUUAGAUAUGGUGUUGAAGAUUUCCGAGAAAUUGAUCCUAUGUUUGGAACAAUGGAAGAUUUUGAGAAUCUGCUUGCAGCCAUCCAUGAUAAAGGUUUAAAACUAAUCAUGGACUUCAUACCGAAUCACACCAGCGAUCGGCACACUUGGUUCCAGCUGAGUCGGACACGAACUGGGAAGUACACAGAUUAUUACAUCUGGCACGACUGUGUCCGGGAGAACGGGGAGACCAUUCCACCCAACAACUGGUUAAGUGUUUACGGCAACUCCAGUUGGCAUUUUGAUGAAGUGCGAAACCAGUGCUAUUUUCACCAGUUUCUGAAAGAGCAGCCUGAUUUAAACUUACGCAACCUAGACGUUCAAGAGGAAAUAAAGGAAAUAAUACAGUUCUGGCUCACCAAAGGUGUCGAUGGCUUCAGUUUCAAUGCUGUUCAGUUUCUCCUAGAAGCGGAACAUCUGAGAGAUGAGACUCAAGUAAACACAUCACAAAUCCCGGCUGCGGUGACACACUACUCAGAGCUGUACCACGACUUCACCACUACCCAGGAGGGAAUGCAUGACAUUGUCCGCAGCUUCCGGCAGACCAUGGACCAGCACAGCAGGGAGCCUGGCAGAUACAGGUUCCUGGGGACAGAAGCCUUUGAGGAGAGCAUUGACAGGACCAUGAAAUACUAUGGAUUGUCAUUUGUCCAAGAAGCCGAUUUUCCUUUCAACAAUUAUUUCACUACUCAAGACACUCUUUCUGGAAACACUGUGUAUGAGGUUAUCACAACCUGGAUGGAAAACAUGCCGGAAGGAAAAUGGCCUAACUGGAUGAUUGGUGGACCGGACAUUACGCGGCUGACUUCUCGGCUGGGGAACCAGUACGUCAACAUCAUGAACAUGCUGCUUUUCACACUGCCUGGAACUCCCAUAACUUACUACGGAGAAGAGAUAGGAAUGGGAAAUAUUUUAGCCACAGAUCUCAGUGAAAGCUAUGAUACUAAUACGCUUCUCUCCAAGUCACCAAUGCAGUGGGACAACAGCUCCAACGCUGGGUUUUCUGAAGGCAAUCACACCUGGCUACCCACUGGUCAGGAUUACCACACCGUGAAUGUUGCUGCCCAAGAGACCCAGCCCAGGUCAACUUUGAAGCUGUAUCAGGAUUUAAGUCUACUGCACGCCAACGAACUGCUGCUCAGCAGGGGCUGGUUCUGUCAUCUGAGGAAUGACAGCCGUGUUUUCGCGUACACCAGAGAGCUGGACGGCAUAGACAGAGUCUUUAUUGUGGUUCUCAAUUUUGGAGAAUCAACACUGCUCAACCUACAGGAAAUGAUUUCAGGACUCCCUGCGAGACUGAGGAUCCGGCUGAGCACCGACUCUGCCUCCAACGGCAGUGAAGUCGAUACGAGUGGCAUUUACCUUGAGAAGGGAAGAGGAGUCAUCCUGGAGCACAAAACAAAGAACCUCCUUCAUCGCCAGUCAGCUUUCAGGGACAGAUGUUUUAUUUCCAAUCGCGCAUGCUACUCCAGUGUUUUCAACAUUCUGUACAGCUCCUGUUAGGCAGGCCCCUCUACGAGACAGAGGGAGACGACCCGCCACCUGCAGUGCCGUAUGCAUCCGCAGAGGAAUGGCCAUGAGGUACUUCUGUAGAUUACACUUCACUGCUUUAGGAAAAACUUCCCAAAUCUUUUGAAAGAACAGUAAAAUGUCUCAAAGAAAACCA